UCUCUCCUUUUAUUUAAGCCUUUCUUUCUUUCCUCUCCCUCUUUCAAAACUUUCCUCCUAUUCCCCUUCCCUUCCUUCUUAAUCAAGCUUUCUCGAGAAAAUUCACUUCAUUUUCCUGGAAAUUAUCUCUUAAUUCCGGAAAGUUUUGCUCACUGAUUAGUAACAAAGAUUUGUUUCAAUUGUUAGUGCUAUAUAGUAAACAUGAUUGGAUCAACGGAUUUCAUUGAUGAGAUAGAUUGCGGCAGCUUCUUCGAUGAUCUCAUCGACUUCCCUAACGAAGAUGUCGAAGCGUACGAGUCCACCGCCGUCAUCAACGCCGCCGCGUUUCCUAGUAUUUGGACAACUCAGCCCGAGUCAUUACCUCUUUCUGACUCGGUUUUUCUCAACAACAGUGCUUCCGAGCUUUCCACUGAACUCUUUGUUCCGUAUGAAGAUAUUGUUCAAUUGGAAUGGAUGUCAAAAUUUGUUGAAGAUACUCAGUGUGGAGCAAGCUUGACAACUAAGAAAGAAGAUUCCUCUUCAAUCAGUGAGGGAUCCAAUCAUCAAUUCCAGACUUGCAGUCCGGUUUCGGUUCUUGAAAGUAGCAGCUCGUGUUCAGGAAUGAAACCAUUGCCUCGCAGUCCUGAAACGUCUGCCCCUGGGAAACGCGGACGUCCACGAAGCAAACGUCCUCGUCUGGCCACUUUCAAUCAUCAUCCAGGAGUUCAGAUGACCUCCCCAGCUUCAUCUGUCAAUGAGAACGACAUUCCCCAGCCAUUUGCUGUCCCGAAGGUGCUGUCGGAUUCUGAGAACUAUGCUGAGUCACGGCUUCUGAUCAAAUUACCGAAACAAGUCAAUCCAGAACAUAAGAAGAAGAAGUUAUCGGUUUCAGCUGCAGCAGGCAUUGCUGAUUAUAGUCAAAAUCCAACUGGACAAGCCGUUAGGAAAUGUAUGCACUGUGAGAUAACUAAGACACCUCAAUGGAGGGCAGGGCCAAUGGGUCCGAAAACCCUUUGCAAUGCCUGUGGUGUCCGAUACAAGUCUGGCAGGCUCUUCCCCGAGUACCGGCCUGCUGCAAGUCCGACAUUUGUUCCGUCAGUACACUCAAAUUCUCACAAGAAAGUGCUGGAGAUGAGAACCAAAAGUUGUGCACUAGCGCCCACCACAACAAUGGCUGCCAACAAUUUACCAGAGUUGAUUCCAAAUAAAAGCAACCCAGCAUUGGAUUAUAUAUGAGUGUCUUACUCCGUACACAUCCAAUCAUGAGUAUGGAAAGUGUUGGAAAAAACGAAGGUAGUAUAUCGGAUACAUACUUUUAUCCGAUUUACACCCGAGUCCAAGUAGUAUAGCUUUGUUAUUUUAUUUAUCUCUUCGUUCUUUGUUCUUUUUCUUGUACAGGGUUGAAAUGGGGGGAAUAGAGCAAUAGAUGACCAAUAUGUUUAAAUAAUAGGGAGAGAUUGUUAUGAGAAAAAUUGAGGGAAAAAGGUAGAGAAAACGGAAGCUUAAGAGUUAGCAAAGUUGUAGGUUUUGGCAAUGGUUAGGUCCUUCGGAUGCCAAUAGUUAUUGGAGUCUAUGUUUUUUUUUUCAUGGGAAUUAUUAAUUUUUGCAGUUAAAUUUUAGUGGAAAUCAAAAUUAUGAGACGAGCAAGGAAAUUUGAGAAGUUAUUUUCAAUUGAAAAUUUCCAAUUUUUACUUCAA